AAGGAGAAGGAUUAACUUGCUAAUGCCUAUCACUUCCCUUUCUAGAAGGAUUUGUAAUUGCUCAUCAUUUAUUGCUAUCGUUUCUUCUGUGCUCACUUCUAUGCAGGUCUUAGUGGAUCACUGCUGUUCAGUAUAUUGAACUCUUUGGAAUUAAUACAGAGCUUUACAAUGAUGGGCUUUGAAUUGGAUGACAGCCUAAAGACAUAUAAUCCAGGCAAAGAAAGUCACCGGACUGUCCUGUGGUUAAAAGAGAGACCCUUCAGAGCGGCUGCAGUCUGUCUUGGCGUGUUAUGUGUUGUACUUCUGACUGGGAUCAUAAUCGUAGCCGGCCACCAUAACCAUGCGGCAGUGGAACAACCUACCCCUAGCUGUAACCUGAUUGGAGAGCAAGACCAGCUAAGGAUUACUUGCACCAACCUGACUCAAGAGAGAGACCUCCUACAAACCUCUAACAAUAACCUGUCUGAGGAAAUGUACCAGUUGCAGACCAUUAACAAUAACCUGACUCAAGAGAGAGACCUCCUACAAACCAGUAACAAAAACCUGACUGAGGCAAUGUACCAGUUGCAGACCAUUAACAACAACGUGACCCUGGAGAGAGACCAGCUGAAAGAGCUCCAAAGGUUGAGUGAGGGAGGUUGUUUAGCGGGAUGGCAGCCUCAUGGUGGCAGUUGCUACUUUCUCUCUGCUGAAAAUAAAUCUUGGAUGGCCAGCCGGCAGGACUGCCAGGACAGAGGUGCUGAUCUGGUCGUCAUCCACAGCGAGGAGGAACAGAAUUUCAUCAACAAUUUCUGUUGUGCCGUCUGGAUUGGUCUGAAUGAUAGGGGAUCCGAAUCAAAUUGGAAGUGGGUAGAUGGAUCACCCAUGAACCUGAGGUAA